CCCCCCAGUCUCCCUUUGCCACUGACUGAAGGAGCAUCUGUUAAAGACCUGAAUCUCCUGUGUCACACACAUACAGUUAGCUCAUGGAAAAGAAUCCAGUUCCUCCUCCUUACCCGGGAUUACAGACAGGUCCUGGCUAUGGUGCCGCUUAUCCGCCGUUACCUGCACACCAGCAAGGUCCAGGCCAAUUUCCCCCAACUCAAUAUGGAAUGAACCAGCCAGCCGCACCACACGUGGUGACGGUGUUGGUACAGCCAAAUUUGUCUGAUGUCCCUGGUCAGACACAGUGUCCGCAUUGUCAGCAACAUGUUACGACUGCAACCAGACACACAAACGGCCUUCUGACCUGGCUCCUCUGUGGCGGCCUCUUCCUGUUCCUGUGCUGGCCCUGCUCCUGUGUUCCAUUCUGUGUGGACUCCUGUAAGGAUGUGGAGCACUCCUGCCCAAACUGCCGCCAAGUGCUGUACCACUACAAGCGCAUGUGAAAGACCUGCUUCUGCAAUACCAAAUAUACCAAACAUACCAAAUCAUUGCCACGUACACAAAACACUAGAUUCAAAUCCACUGAAAAUAAAGAACACUAAUCUAUUGCUGUCUGUAUAUUUUACAUGCAAAUACUUUCAUUAAUCAUUUUUGCCAUGUUAUUCCCACUUGCAUGUAUUUCUAUCAUAAUAAUGUUGCUAUAGCAGUAUCAGGAAACACCUGGUGGUUGUGCUGUUUACUUGUUUCAUGUUGUUUUUCUGCAGUGUAAUGACUUAUGACUCUUUUCCCGACAAUGUGUACACUACAUAUUUAAGUAAUGAGGAAUAUAUUUUAUUAUAUAUAUAUAUAUAUUUUAUUUUGAAACAAUCCAUCAACCCUCCCCUAUAGACUCUACUUUGACACUAACUAUGCUAGUUGAUUGUAUUUUCAUAUUAAUGUGCAUCUCUAAAAAAUGCAUCCAAAAAGACUUUUGAAUUAUUAAAAAAAUAUAUAUAUUAAA